UCAAUCAAAACCAAUAAAUAUUACAAAAACACGGGAGAACUGAAGAACACAGAUACAUAGAAAAAAAUGGGUUCUCAAAAGCAAGGGUUGAUGUGGUUAACAGGGCUCGUGUUCCUUAAUAUCCUUGUGUUAUCCAUGGCUGAUGUUCACCAUUACGAAUUCUUUUUGCAAGAAUCCAACUUUACAAAGCUGUGCAGCACGAAGAACAUCUUGACCGUAAAUGGCAGCUUCCCAGGACCUGAGAUUCGGGCUCGUAGAGGGGACACAGUUUUUGUCAAUGUCCACAAUCAAGGAAACACCGCUGUUUCCAUCAUGUGGGAAGGCAUUGAGGAUUCAAAUAAUGGUUCAAAUCAAUUAAUCCAGCCAGGGAGAAACUUCAAUUACGAGAUCGAAUUAGACGAUAAGAUAGGGACUCUAUGGUGGCACGCUACCAGUGCAUGGGCUAGAGCAACCGUCCACGGCGCCUUUAUCGUUCUGCCGGCAGCCAAUGAAGACUACCCUUUCCCUACGCCUGAUUCGGAUAAAACAAUUAUAAUCGGUAUAUAUAUAUAUAUAUAUAUGUAUGUACAUCAAUCUUAAACUGACUAUAAAAAUGAAGGUUGGUUCAAGGAAAAUGAGAAACAAAGAAUACAACAACUAUGCAUAAAUACCAUUUAGGGAAUUGGGUUUGGAAAAUGCAUCAUCUGUAUUGCCACA